AAACUUGGCCAUCUGGCAACAUUGUUACAAAUACACAUAAUUGUCAAACGUCAAACUAAAAGAAGAAAAAGAGAUUUUUCAUCGUUUCAACAUUGUUAGGGUCAAGCGACAGGAGAGCCUAAGGAAAACAUGAAGAUGGCUGAUGGUGCGACAAUUGUGCGUAGAAAUAGACCAGGAACAAAGGCGAAGGAUUUUUGUCGGUGGCCAGAUGAACCAUUGGAAGAGAUGGACAGCACUUUGGCCGUUCAACAGUAUAUACAGCAGCUGAUUAAGCGUGAUCCCUCAAAUGUAGAGCUAAUAUUGACAAUGCCCGAGGCCCAGGAUGAGGGUGUUUGGAAAUAUGAACAUUUAAGGCAAUUUUGCAUGGAGUUGAACGGUUUGGCGGUGCGUUUGCAAAAGCAAUGUUCACCAUCAACGUGCACACAAAUGACAGCCACCGAUCAAUGGAUAUUUUUAUGUGCUGCCCAUAAAACACCAAAAGAAUGUCCUGCCAUUGAUUAUACACGUCAUACGCUAGAUGGCGCUGCAUGUUUAUUGAAUAGUAAUAAAUAUUUUCCAAGUCGAGUCUCAAUUAAGGAGUCAUCAGUUACCAAAUUGGGUUCUGUAUGUCGUCGUGUCUAUCGAAUUUUCUCACAUGCAUACUUUCAUCAUCGUCGCAUUUUCGACGAAUUUGAGGCUGAGACAUAUCUAUGUCAUCGGUUUACACAUUUCGUAACAAAAUACAAUUUGAUGUCAAAGGAAAAUCUUAUUGUGCCCAUCAAUGAGGAAGAAAAUGCUGCGCCCGGAGAAAGUGAAGCUUAAGCACAGUAGCGGUAGUAGUAUAGCAACACGUAUCACAUCUCCAAAACAUACAAGUACAUCAUUAACAAAGUAUAUUCGAAGCGAUGACAUAUAAAACAAAUAUGGUGCUGGAGGCGCCAUCAACAAUGCAGAAAAUUGAAAUAGGAACCUUGUUAAAGAGAGAGAGAGAGAGUACAUACAUACUCUUACAAAUCUACAAAAAUAGAACAUCCUGUAAAAUCUCUAGGAGGAUUCACAAGAAUAAAAGCAACAAAUCCCUUAAAAACUAAACUCUUUUUGCAAAGUAUGUUCACAAUUAUUAAAAGGGAUUUUUUCUUCUAAUUUUAGAGAUUUGUUGGAAAUGUAUUCCGAAUUCAAACAUCAUCCAACACAACAAUAAUAAAUUCCUUAACCAAUUGCGAAAACAGAAAAAGAUUGAACCAACAACUAUUUAAAGAAAUAAUUUAUUACUUCUAUAACAAAACCUAAAUCACUCAAAAAGCCGUUCGUUUUUAAUUUAUUUUAUAAACUAACUUUAAAUUUUAAUAUUUAAUUUAAUUAUUUGCAAUAUUCAAAACCCAUUUCAUGGUUUAUUCGCCAAAACACAUUUGUCCAUUUCCCUUAUUUUUCAUCGAUACAAUUGCUAGCAUUUUGUUUUAAUAUUUAUAUUUAAAGAAAAAAAAAAACUAAUAAAAUACUACAAUAUUAAGAGAAGAGUCAUGAGUAAGACUUGAAAAGGAACAAAAUUCGAAAUGAAAAUUAAGAAAAAAAAAAAUAUAUAUAUAUUAUUGUAAAUCUCAUUACAUCAUAGUCAAGCUAAAAACAAAAACCAUAUGGAAAAACUCAACAACAACAAGUGAACAUAAAUUGAUGACAUAGUAUUUAAGCUGUAUGCAGAAACACAAAAAUGGAAAAUAUAUUCAACUCAUUUAUUUAAUAGUCUCACAAUUAAAACUGUGAAAACCCAAGCGAAACAAAUUAUAUAAAAGAAAGAGAAAUGAAAGAUUAUAAAUAAAACUUCAAUAACAUGAACAAAUUAUCAAAAUAA